AUGGAGGACGUGCUCGGCCUUGGCCUCUCACCAGGAUUCAAGUUCGACCCUGACGACGAUGAGCUGGUGGAGCUGUAUCUGCUGCGCCGGAUCCUUAGCCAACCGCUCCCGCUAGAGCGCGUGAUCUGCGAGGACGAUCCCCUAAGCGCGGCGCCAUCGGAGCUCCUCAAGAAACACAAUCGGAAGGACGACGCCUUCUUCUUCGCCAACGGACAAACGAAGCACGACAAAGGAAAUCGGCAGAAACGAACCUGCGUCGGCGGCGGGACCUGGGAAGGGCAGAAGCCCAUCGUGGACGGCGAGAGGCUGCGCGUCCCCGGCAUCGGUGGCACGGAUGAGAUCACCUGGAGGAAAUACAUGCUCAACUUCCACCGCAAAGGCGAGAAAGGUAGCACGGGAUGGGUCAUGCACGAGUACUCGAUCACGGCCCCCGACCAUCUGGCCUCGUCGUCGCAGAGGCUGUAUCGUAUCCGGCUCAGUGGACAUGGCAGGAAUUCCAGGAGGGAGCGCGGCGACGACGGUGGUGCGCAAGAGAGAGCAGACGACGAGCCCGACCUCAUCUCUGCGGCCAACUCCGUCUUCCCUGCAGCGGAAGUGGUAGAUGAUGAAGAGGGUGGCAGCGCAUGGCCGGCUACGACGUCGUAUUCAGAUCAAGUCUACGAGUACGAGUACGGUUGGAGCUUCCCAGGUGCGAACGUUGGAGGAUACACAGGGCCUAACGCUACGCCAUCACCAGAUCAAGGAGCCCCAAGCAUGAUGAAUGAGUACGGUGGUGGUGCAGCGCCGGCGGUAGAGUCUCUAUUCUCCGGCGAUGAGUUGGUCAUGGAUUUUGAGCUGCCGGGUCAGCAGGACUUGAACAUCGACGAGUUCAUGGAUUUCGAGCUGCCGAAUCAGCUGAACUUCAGUAUCGACGAGUUACUUGACUUUCUAGCCCCAUCUGCUAGUUCGGAGGCACCUCUUCUUGAUCAGUAUUCCAGCGCUGGCGUGCAAACGCAAUCUUCGAUGCCCGCGCAAGGCAUAUUGUAG